GUUCAUGCGUCCCACGCUGGAUAAGGUGAAGCUGACUGGUGACUUUGUAGCACUUGUGCCUGCGGACAGAGCAUCUACGGGGUGUCGGACAGGGCAAGAGGGCACAAGCAGGAGGAGGGAGGCGGACAUGCGGCACUGAUAUCUGGUCUCGACCAUGGAGAGAAGGGAGUUGUGUGCCUCGCUGCUGGCUGGCGGUGCUGCGGGAAUGUCCGUGGAUCUCAUUUUAUUUCCCCUUGACACCAUCAAAACCAGGCUGCAGAGCCCACUCGGAUUUUCCAAAUCUGGCGGAUUUCGCGGUAUAUACGCCGGAGUCCCUUCAACCGCUGUAGGAUCAUUUCCAAAUGCUGCCGCUUUCUUCGUCACGUAUGAAUCUGCCAAACGAUUCCUUGGCUCUGACUCCUCUUACCUGUCCCCCAUCAUUCACAUGGCGGCUGCCUCCCUAGGGGAACUGGUGGCCUGUCUUAUUCGCGUCCCCUCUGAAGUCAUAAAGCAAAGGGCACAAGUGAGUCCGUCCUCCACUACGUAUCAGAUGUUAUCCGUCACGCUACGGGAAGAGAUUCCUUUCUCUUUGGUGCAGUUUCCACUGUGGGAGUUUUUAAAGAAUCUGUGGUCGUGGAAGCAAGGCCGCGCGGUUGAUUGUUGGCAGUCGGCAGUGUGCGGAGCUUUUGCAGGUGGCUUUGCAGCUGCGGUCACUACACCUCUGGACGUAGCGAAAACACGAAUAAUGUUGGCAAAGGCUGGUUCUGGUGUGGCCAAUGGAAAUGUUCUGUUUGCUCUACAUGAGAUUUGGAGAACGCAAGGAAUAAUGGGGUUAUUUGCUGGAGUUAUCCCCAGAAUGACAAUGAUCAGCCUCGGUGGAUUCAUUUUCCUCGGAGCCUACGACAAAGUGCGGAGCUCGUUGCUAUGACAACAGUGAAAGAAAUUCCACGAACACUUGGCGACUAUCUUGGCGUCUGUGGCCCACAAAGACUUACUCUACUGAUUGUAUUCACUGUAAUAUUAUAACACAAUAUGAUUUUAUAAUAGGAAAUUUAAGUAUCUGCCGCACAGUGGGUGCACUGUCUGCCAUGACUUCGAGCAUUUGUACAACAAUGUUGACUUUCUGAAACACCCCCCCCCCCCCCCCGAAAAAAAAAGUUGGGAGACAAUUUAUUUUCUACAUUUUUUAUUUUUUUAACUAGAAUCCACAAGAUGUCGAGCUGUUACAACAAACGUUUAGUAAAGACACAAUCAAUGGCAUUUGUUAGAAACGUCCGUAUUUUGCAGGGUUUUAUUUCCCUCCUCCCAAUGUACAACAUUGUCUCACUGUGUAUUAAUAAAUAACUUUGUACACAAAAA